AAGCUACCAAAAAGUCGACCUGCUUUGCGCCGAUUUGGUUUUCGAUGAUCCCAACCGACGUCUCAGUCUCACAUCACACACAGCAUGGUUCGUGGAAGGGCUACCGCUACCGGUAGGGGCGUGCGGCGAGGAGGUGCCGCUGCCUCUUCAAGAUCUCAAACAACAGAGGGCGACACUUCAAGCCUCAAUCAAGAGAGCAGCGCGCCGACGGCCAGCAUGGCAUUGACAGAUCCAGGCGCCGAACAAAGCACAGCAUCACAGCCAGCGGCCUCGGCAGUGCGCAGAGGAGCCAUGUCCGCACGAGCAGCUCGCGGAGCUGCACCGGCCGGCAGAUUUCGACCGAAGAACGUUCGACGAGAUGAGUCAGAGCGAGACGCAUUGGCUCAGCAAGAGCAGCACAAGGCCAGCGAGAGAGCUGCAGACGAGAGACGAGCGAGAGGCCGUUCACGAUUCCGUAGCAAACGAAGUCGUGGUGAUGCAAUGGGAAGCAGAGGGGGCGGCUUUGGCCGGCCAGUAGCCGGGGCCAGCGGGCCCUUUUCUUCAGGAGUGGGAGGACCAGGUGGUCCAUCUGGUGGAGGUUGGUUUGGAGGCGGUGGUGGUGGUGGAGGCGGCGGCGGCUUCUCAGGAGCCGGCAAGUUCGAAGGGAAAGGUGGCCCAGGAUUUGGAUUCGAAGGCGGCUUCCGGGAAACAAGGAUCAAUGCCGACAAGCUUCACACGAUGGUACACGAGGAAGGCAUGGACAGCGAAGACGAGGCGAUGCUGGCUGCGCUCCAUACCCGAUCUGGGAGCGUCAUGCCUAUGGGAAUACUCCGACGAGAACACAAAGAGGCGCCGGUCAUUGUUGCUACAACUGCGGAAUUGGAAGCGGCAGAGAAGGCGAAAAGCGAGGAAGAAAGCCUCUGGGUUGACGAUGAAGGACCAGGAUCAUUGCCCCCGGCUGACCAAGCUGAAGAGGGCGAUUGGAAUACGGGCGACACAAAGGCGGUUAAAGUCAAGAAGGAGCCAACAGAUGAUUCUAUGGACCUGGACGUCGAGUCUAAGCCGAUUAAAGAUGAAAGCAAGAUGCCUGUGGCGAAACUAAAGGCCAAGAAGCCAGUUGCUCAGGAUCCCGAAGAGAAUAUGAUUCGCACGGACUUGAGUCUCUUGGCAAGCGAACUUGGCGCCAUCACAAUCAACGGCGACGGCGAGGAGAAGGUCGAGGAGGCCGGUAACAAAGACGGCCGAUUAUAUCUAUUCCAAUUCCCCCCACUACUCCCUCCCCUCAAGCAGAUUGCCGCCCCCCAGCCUCGCAUAAAAGUCAAGGCAGAAGAACCGCAGUCUAUCAGUCUACACGACACUCCCGUGAGUGCGUCAUCUACAGCUACCCCUGUUGAUCUUACCCAGCAGGGCGAAGAAGAGGAAGAGUUAGACUCGGACGACGAAGAAGAAGAACGCAGAAAUGGCUUCCGAUCACAGGCGCUCUCGAAUGGCGGUCUCAUCGGGCGGCUCAACGUCCGCAAGUCUGGCAAGGUCGAGCUGGACUGGGGCGGCCGCAUCCUGGAGAUGAGCCCCGCCGCGGGUAUGAACUUCCUCACGACGGCCGUCAUCGUCGAGGAGUCGGACGAGAAGCCGCAGAACGGCGUGACGACGGGCGAGAGCAUUGGUAUGGGCAAGAUCAUGGGCCGGUUUGUCCUGGCGCCGAUAUGGAACGAGGAGGAGGAAUGGGAUGUCGCGCCAGCGGAGCUUGAGAUCAAUGAAUCAAUGAACGAGUAAUCUACGGAAUAACAAAAGAAGAAGAUUUAAAUUCACCAAUACAAAGAGGUGAGGAUGUACAUUUAGUAUUGUUUACACUACGCAUUUUUCUACAUAGCACAUGCUGCCAGGGGGCACUGGAUAUAUACAGGC